ACUCCGCCUACUAGAGUGACUGAAAAUUCACAGCAGAAGAAGGGAGAUCAUUCACCAUAGUAACAAUCAUGGCGUCUUCGAAGGUACUGUACAUGACCGAGCUCCUCCAGGGAAUGCUGAAAAAUGCAAGGCCCGAAGUCUCCACGAGGCUUCGAACUUUGCACACCUCUGCAGGCUCCCAGGCUAAGGAAGGAGAAGGACCCCAGGCCAAGCUCUUCCCUGUUGUUAAGACACCUAUGUUACCCAAGGAUACCUUCAAGGGCAAAACUGCCUUCAUCACAGGAGGGGGCACAGGCCUGGGCAAAGGAAUGGCUACCAUGCUGAGUGCUCUUGGUGCUAAUGUGGUCAUUGCUGCUAGGCGACUACCUGUGCUUGAAACAACAGCUGGGGAAAUCAGUAGCCAGACAGGCAAUCCAGUUUUACCUGUGCAGAUGGAUGUGCGCAAUCCAGAUGCAGUCAAAGCUGCUUUUGAUGCAUGUGAAGCUAAGUUUGGUCUUCCAAACAUAGUCAUUAACAAUGCUGCAGGAAACUUCAUUUCACCCUCAGAGAGACUCAGCGCCAAUGCUUGGAGGACCAUUACAGAUAUAGUGCUCAAUGGAACAGCUUAUGUGACACUGGAGGCUGGCAAGCGCCUUAUCAAUGCAGGCCAAGGUGCCGCAUUUUUGGCGAUUACAACAACAUACACAAGAAGUGGCUCUGGCUUUGUAUCCCCAAGUGCAUCAGCAAAAGCAGGUGUUGAAACUCUGACUAGGUCACUUGCGGCAGAGUGGGGCCGUUAUGGAUUACGUUUCAACUGCAUUGCCCCAGGCCCUAUUGAGACGGAGGGUGCAUUCAGCCGUCUGGACCCAACUGGCUCUUUUACCCAGAUUGCACAUGAACGCAUCCCAGCUGGACGUUUAGGAGAAGUGGAGGAGUUGGCAAACCUAGCAACUUACCUUGUGUCUGAUUAUUCUACUUGGCUGAGUGGAGAGACCAUAGCUCUGGACGGUGGCAGUUUUCGAUUGGCAUCAGGAGAAUUCAACGGUCUUAUGUAUAUGUCGUCAGAACAGUGGGAUAAGACAGAGGAAAGGAUUCGAAAAACCACAAGCAAAGACAAGGCUAUGAGGAAGGCUAAAUUGUGAAGUGAUCUAUUCAUUCAGGAUAUUGGUCUCUUGGAUUUGACGGAGGAGAAUAUCGCAACAUGGCUGGCCAGUUCAACAUGUUAAGACAGGUAACACCAGAAAUGUGGGAUAUGAUGGAAAAAAUGAUUCGAGCAGGUAGCAAGAAGCAAAAGCAAUAAAGUGGACAUGAAUUGGAAGGGCAGAGAACCUUAUAGUCUUCUCUUUUUUUAUCUAAAGGGAUUAUAUGUAU